AUGGGCUGUGGGACAAGCAAAGUCCUUCCUGAGCCGCCCAAGGAUAUUCAGUUGGAUCUGGUCAAGAAGGUGGAACCCUUCAGUGGCACCAAGAGUGAUGUGUACAAGCACUUCAUCACAGAGGUGGACAGUGUUGGCCCUCUCAAAGCUGGGUCCCCGGCAGCCAGUCAGCAUGCACACCCCUGUCCUGGUGCCCCCACUGCCGGCCACACAGAGCCUUCCUCAGAACUACCACGUAGGCCUAAAGUGGCCAAGUACAGGGCCAAGUUUGACCCGCGUGUAACGGCCAAGUAUGACAUCAAGGCCUUAAUUGGCCGAGGCAGCUUCAGUCGGGUGGUACGCGUGGAGCAUCGGGCAACCCGGCAGCCAUACGCCAUCAAGAUGAUUGAAACCAAGUACCGGGAAGGGCGGGAGGUAUGUGAGUCAGAGCUGCGUGUACUGCGGCGGGUGCGUCAUGCUAACAUCAUCCAGUUGGUGGAGGUGUUUGAGACACAGGAGCGUGUGUACAUGGUGAUGGAGCUGGCCACUGGUGGCGAGCUCUUUGACCGCAUCAUUGCCAAGGGUUCCUUCACUGAGCGUGAUGCCACACGGGUACUGCAGAUGGUGCUAGAUGGCGUCCGGUAUCUGCAUGCACUGGGCAUCACACACCGAGACCUCAAGCCUGAGAAUCUGCUCUACUAUCACCCGGGCACAGACUCCAAGAUCAUUAUCACUGACUUUGGCCUGGCCAGUGCCCGCAAGAAGGGUGAUGACUGCCUGAUGAAGACUACCUGCGGCACACCGGAGUAUAUUGCUCCUGAGGUCCUAGUCCGUAAGCCCUACACCAACUCAGUAGACAUGUGGGCACUGGGCGUCAUUGCCUACAUCCUGCUUAGUGGCACGAUGCCAUUUGAGGAUGACAACCGCACCCGGCUGUACCGGCAGAUCCUCAGGGGCAAGUACAGUUACUCGGGGGAGCCCUGGCCCAGCGUCUCCAACCUGGCCAAAGACUUCAUUGAUCGCCUGCUGACUGUGGACCCUGGCGCCCGUAUGACUGCACUGCAGGCCCUGAGGCACCCGUGGGUAGUGAGCAUGGCAGCCUCGUCAUCCAUGAAGAACCUGCACCGCUCUAUCUCCCAGAACCUCCUCAAACGUGCCUCCUCACGCUGUCAGAGCACCAAAUCUGCCCAGUCCACGCGUUCCAGCCGCUCUACGCGCUCUAACAAGUCACGCCGGGUGCGGGAGCGUGAGCUGCGGGAGCUAAACUUACGCUACCAGCAGCAGUACAAUGGCUGA